GACCAAGCGCGCUGCAAAGCAGAAGCCGGCUUAGGUCGAACUGAGCCUCAGGGCGGUCAGGGGAGCAGCGACAAGGACAAGCCCAGGAGGUUCUCGGAGUCCGGCAUAACUGCCUCUUACUCAGUCCAAGGACAGGUUGAGGUCCGACACAAAGAGACCAGGGUCGGGCUUUUCCUGGAACGCCUCUGCCCUGCCCUUGGCUUCUGAGGACAGACAAAAGAGCUCCCUAGGGACGGGCACGCUGGGGGCGCUGAGGUCGGCCAUGGUCAUGGAGGUGGGCAUCCUGGACGCCGGAGGUCUGAGGACGCUGCUGCGGGAGCGCGCGGCGCAGUGCCUGCUUCUGGACUGCCGCUCCUUCUUCGCUUUCAACGCCGGCCACAUCGCCGGCUCCGUCAACGUGCGCUUCAGCACCAUCGUGCGGCGCCGGGCAAAAGGCGCCAUGGGCCUGGAGCACAUCGUUCCCAACGCCGAGCUGCGCGGCCGCCUGUUGGCCGGAGCCUAUCAAGCAGUGGUGCUGCUGGACGAGCGCAGCGCCGCCCUGGACGGCGCCAAGCGCGACUGCACCCUGGCCCUGGCGGCGGGCGCGCUCUGCCGCGAGGCGCGCGCAGCGCAAGUCUUCUUCCUGAAAGGAGGCUAUGAAGCGUUUUCGGCUUCCUGCCCCGAGCUCUGCAGCAAACAGUCGACCCCCACGGGGCUUAGCCUUCCCUUGAGUACUAGUGUUCCUGACAGCGCAGAAUCUGGAUGCAGUUCCUGCAGCACCCCGCUGUACGAUCAGGGUGGCCCAGUGGAGAUCUUGCCCUUUUUGUACCUGGGCAGUGCCUAUCAUGCAUCCCGAAAGGACAUGCUGGAUGCCUUGGGUAUCACCGCCUUGAUCAAUGUCUCGGCCAAUUGUCCUAACCAUUUUGAGGGUCACUACCAAUACAAGAGCAUCCCCGUGGAGGACAAUCACAAGGCAGACAUCAGCUCCUGGUUCAAUGAAGCAAUCGACUUCAUAGAUUCCAUCAAGAAUGCUGGAGGAAGGGUAUUCGUCCACUGUCAAGCAGGCAUCUCCCGGUCAGCUACCAUCUGCCUUGCUUACCUCAUGAGGACUAACAGAGUGAAGCUGGACGAGGCCUUUGAGUUUGUCAAGCAGAGGCGGAGCAUCAUCUCCCCUAACUUCAGCUUCAUGGGCCAGCUGCUGCAGUUCGAGUCCCAGGUGCUGGCUCCCCACUGCUCAGCUGAAGCUGGGAGCCCUGCCAUGGCUGUGCUGGACCGAGGCACCUCCACUACCACUGUCUUCAACUUCCCAGUCUCUAUCCCUGUCCACCCUGCCAACAGUGCGCUGAGCUACCUUCAGAGCCCCAUCACAACCUCUCCCAGCUGCUGAAAGGCCACGGGAGGUGAGGCUCUUCGCAGCCUGCCGGACUCCAGCCUCCACAAGAGGGCAAAUGCAAUAACUCCAGGGAAGAGACUCAGGAGGGCUGGUCCUUAUUUAUUGAAUUUCACCCGGGUUCCACUGGGUUCCCAAGCAGUCACAAUGAUGACCUAGUGUCAGGACAUUUGCUGAACUCAGCACAUUUGGGACCAAUAUACAGUGGGUACAUCAAGUCCCUCUCUGACAAAACUGGGCGGAAGAGAAAGGACACAGAGCUGGUUUCUUUUGACUUGCCCCUAUGCUUGACAUACGUACCAGUAUUACCAUUCCUAAUGACAUAUACAUACAAGAAUAUACCUUAUUUAUUUUUGUGUAGGUGUUCUGCCUUCACAAAUGGCAGUGUCUACUCCUAGGAGAACCAAAUACCUCAAUUUUUGUGUUUGAGUACUGUACUGUCUUGUAAAUAGACCCAAAGCAGGUUUGUUUUCAGCACUGAUGGAAAACACCAGUGUUGGUUGGUUGUUGUUUUUUUUUUCAAUUGUAUGUUUGCUGAUUAUUAUUUAUGACCUGAAAUAAUAUAUUUCUUCUUUAAGAAGACAUUUUGUUACGUAAGGAUGACCUUUUUUAUACAGCAGAAUAAAUUAUGGCAUUUCUAUUGA